AUGACAAUUCAAUCGGAGCAAAAAUCAAUGAUAAGUACUCGUAUCGACGAGGACACGGAAGAUACAGAAGACGAAGGGGAGGAGGACGAGGGAAGGGAGGAGGAGGAAGAAGGAGAAGAAGGCGAUUCGCGAGAAGCGAAAGAGAUAGGAAGUGGCGAUACAAUUUUUAGAACGAAAGAUCCGGAGAAAAGUGCUUCGAUCGACACUCCAGGCUUCGUACCACCGCCAGGAGAAGAACACAAAUAUAUUAUGACCAAGAAACUAGUGGAAAAAGUACGAAAAAUACCAAACUUGCACAUGAUAUGCGGUAAAGUGGAUGGUAGCAGAACAGACUUGCAUGACGUUACUUUAUUCUACUUCCUGAGGACUAUCGACGAGGGUAUACCAAACUUCGAUUCUUACAUGGAUUGCGAUGAACAAAUAACGCAGUAUUUGGUCGUUGGAUCUCUACAGGGGAAAUUUUUGGUUUCGUUGAAUAGGAUGCUCGUUGAGGUUUUUAAACCAUUGGUUCAAGCUCAAUUCAGAGGACCACAACUUUCAGAAGCACUCAAAGAAGAAGAGCCUGAUAUAGACGAGGAACGUCCUCCAAGUUUAACGGACAUCAUGGCAGCUCGAAGUUCAAUCUUCAGAAGACCGUCAGAAUUCCGCAGGAUAUCUAUAGUCAUGGCGAAGAAAGAGGCUGAUAAAAACGCAGAGGACGACGACGAUGACGAUGAAAUAGUAGAACCGAAACAUUUUCAAACGAUAGAGAGGGCGAAACUGAGACGAAGACGCAUCAGGACUGUAGUCAAUUUCGAAGAAGCUGGAAGCAAAACGGCGUUCAAAGAGCCAAUUGUACGCGUGUCGGUCGAUCAGAACAGAAACGAUAUCCUACAUUAUUUGGAUAGAUUGAUAUCUAACGUCGAAUGGACAUUGGAAAACAUCGAAGGCGAUAUUUUGCUGACGAUGCCGAAUAUAGCGGAACUGGAUGAUCCUAACGUUACUGACGAGAUGUUAGAAAAGAACAAGGAAGUGAUCGAGCAACUGGAAAAUGUGAUUAUGCUGUGGGGAGUGCACAUAGAAAAGGUGUUGGAAUCGUUCCAACAAAAAGUGCCACAAGGUAGAGGUCCACUAGCAGAGUGUGAUUACUGGAAGGAUCGAGAAGUAGGAUUGUUAAUGCUGGUGGAGCAAUUAAAAACUCCUAUGGCCAAAAGAAUGUUGGGCUUAUUGAGCAAUGUCCUUUCGCCAAUCGCCUCGAACUUUGAUUAUUUUUAUUCAGACUUAUGGAGAUGUUAUACCGAAGCCAGGGAUAAUAAUCGAUUCCUGCAGACUAUUUUAAGACACUUCAAGUUGAUGACAGAGUCGGAUUGCUUCAAAACAAUCAGUCAAGCCAUUCCUCAGCUAAUGGAGGGAAUGAGAAUGAUUUGGAUUCUCUCGAGUUAUUACUCGUGCGAAGAGAAAAUGGUUGGUCUGAUGGAAAGAAUUUCAUGGCAACUCUGUCAGACUGUCAUAAAGCAUUUAUCCAUCAAAGACCUAUUCAAAAAACCUCAGAAAGUGAUUCUACAACAAACGGAAGACGCUCGCGCGAUGCUGAAGAGUUGGAAAGAAGCUUACUUGAAGAAUCGAGAGGAUAUCGAAAUCUCUGGCAGAGGAAUGCGUUGGGAAUUCGAUCAAAAUCGAUUGUUUAAAGGAACUGAAUACAUUGCCUCCGUUUGCGAUGGUUUGAACCAGGUUGCAAACGUUCUUCGAGACUUUCACAAUAUCUUUGGACCUGAUUUAAAAUCGAUCAUCAGUGAUCCAGCUCAAAUCGACACUAUAAUAAAACGUGUUGAUAGAUUGAUCGUCCUAAUAUUGGACGCAGACUUCAAUAUUUUCGACGAAUAUAACAAAGAAAAUUGGGAAGCUACUAUGUCUUUGUUUUACGAAGAGGUACAUUUCCUGGAGAACGAGGCUAAGUUCUUUAUCGACGAGUGUUUCCUGGUAUUGAGAAGCGCGGAAGAUGCGCUUCAUAUGUUGCUCAAGUUCAAAGACACCAAGACUAGAGACACAAUUCAUCAGCAGCUGUUGAGAAAGUUUGACGUUAUCAUGCAACAAUUCAGCAAGGAAGUCAGGAAACAAAAUCCUCCAUUAUUAACGUACCAUCCUCCAAUGGCUGGCGCUAUAUACUGGGUGAGACAGUUAUUUCACCGUCUAAGAAGGCCAGUCUUGAUAAUCCAAAACAUUGAAGAGUUGAAACACAGCAAGCUGAAGAUUCUAGCUUUCAGUCAAUACUACGAGGUGGCCAAACAAAUGAAAGCAUACGAGGAAUCAAAAUACCAAUCGUGGGCAGAUAAGGCCCAGUACGUUGUGUUGGACACCAUGAAGAGGAGUAUCCUGAAGAUGGAACGUUCUGAACCGGAACAAGGUGUAUUAACAUUCCCAAAUAUCGAGAAAAGCACGAAGAAUCUGCAGACAAUUCACUUGCCAAAAGGACAAAAGAGCAGAGAUUUUGGAUCACCUGGAUCAACUCCUCAGGGAUCUCUUCAAAAGGCCGAACCUGUGAUGUCGAAACCAAGCAUCGAGACGGCUAGUUCUGUGGGAACGAAAGGACAGGUUAAGUCAGACACGAGAGCCGAGGUGAAAGCAUCGCUUCAAUCCCACAAAGAUCAAAAAUCGUGGACAACUUCCUCGGAAAAGCAGGCUGUCCAAACGCAAAAGAUUACUUGGAUGGAAUUUAUGAGCGGAUCGAUUCUCGUCGAGUGUCAGCUUCGUUUCCAAGUGAAUUUCGAUUGGGAGUUCUUCGAAAUUAUUCACGAGGCUGAGUUGAUGGAGCAAUUAGGUUUCGAAUUAAUCCCCAUAGUGAAAGAUGCUAGUAUCCAGAAAAGUCGACUAAAGAGCGACCUCGAACUGAUGGAAAAAGUGAUCGACCAGUACAACGGGAUGAUCGAUGAAAUGGACAAAGCUGAUAUACAAUUAUUGAGGAACACGUUACUAGAUGUUGAGAAACAUAUUCAGCCUGGAGUAAUGCGUUUUAAUUGGAACUCUUUAAAUAUCUCUGACUACGCUCACGAUUGUGAAAAAUUAUUGAAAAAUCUAAACUCGAUCGUGGAUCAGGUGAAUCACAUGAAGAGCGAUCUUGAUAACAGAAUAAAUAACGAUCUUCAGAGUUACAACCUCUUUUCUCUUCCGCUGAGAAUCUACAACAGCGAAGAAUUGUUACCUUGCAAGGUUUAUUUCCAAGAGAUAGAAAAUCGAAGAAUCGAAUUAAUUGCCGCGAUGUCCACGAUAUAUCAGUCAACGAGUCCGAUACUGAUAAAAUUGGAAAGUCUGGUAUUGGAAACGUACACUGGAAAAAGCCCAUCUAUGCAGCUGCUUUACGAGAAAUACGAAAAGAAAAUAUUUUGCUCUUUUAUCGCAUGUAUACUGAAGAACAUAGAGACUUUCAACAGAAGUCUAAUGGAAUGCAAGCCGAUGUUUCAAGUGGACGCCAUUUUAAUAGCUUCAGAAGCUGUUAUAAGACCAUCUCCUGGCGAAAUUUAUGCUACAAUACUACAGAACGUGAAGAAUUUAUUGGAGAAGCUGAAAUUAUUUCCUAGAUGGAUGAACGGGACCUGUUUAGAGUGCAAACCGCAAACGAAGAACGAGUACGAAAACUUCGCUACAGUGACAUUCUUUGAGGACGUCAUGAGUAUUAAAGUAGUGAAUGAUAAUAUACUAAUGGUUCAAAGGUCGGCGCAUAAAAUAGCGUUGGAAGCUUGGCACUAUUUGCACAGGUGGAAGAAGUAUAGUAAUCUAUGGUCUUUCGACAAGAACUUAGCUGCUGAAAAGUUCGCAGCAACCGAACCUACACUCCACCAAUAUGAUGAUAAGUUCUCUUUCUACGACAAUAUUCUCCAGGAAUUGACUGAAAUGGAUCUUUAUCACGAUCUUUAUUGCGUACGCAUCAAUCUCGGUUUCCUGCUUUCUGGUAUCAAACAACACGCUAACGAAUGGAAGCACGUUCUCGGUCAUUUUCUGCUGCAUCAAACGGUUCACGAUAUGAACAGCUUACAUCUGAUAAUCGAAAAUUACCGAAGCGAAGUGGAGCUCGUAAUCACUGGAUUAGAUCGUUUCACAUCUGUCAUGCAAGCGAUCUCCGACAUAAAAAAGACAGCGAUUCAAGCAGAAGUUCGUUAUACGACCUAUCAGGAAACCUUUCGAACUUUGCGCAGUCACGGGAUAUCUUUCCCUGAGGAAGACGAACAAUUGGCUUACACUCUGCAACGUGACUGGGAGUCUCUAUAUUUGGGCGCUUUAUACAGAGCUUCCACUUUAGCAAGUACUUCUGAUAGAUUUUCUGACAUGACGCAAGAGCAGAUUAAUGCAUUCGUGAAAGAACUCGAAGAGUUCGCAGCAGACUUCGAGGCCAAUGGCCCUGGCAGUGUCGGCGAGGAUCUCGAACUUGGACUGCUCAAGAUGGACGAAUACGGAAAACUGAUCGCAAAAUACGAAGAACGACGUCUUAGCCUGAUCAAUUCGGAAAUACUGUUCGAUCUGCCAGCGACUGACUAUUCGGUUUUCUUAAAAGUCAAAAAGGACUACGAGGGCAUGGAAUUAUUAUUCGAAUUGUACCAGGAACAGAAAAGUAUGAGGGACGUGUGGGCGCAGACGCUUUGGGUGAACCUGAAUCCUCAACAGCUGAUGGAUGGGAUGGACCAUUUUAUCAGGGAAUUUCGCAAACUUUCGAGAUUCGUGAAGAAUCUCAGCGUUGGACAGGCCUUAGAUGCGAAUAUGAAGAGCUUCAAGAACUCUGUGCCACUGUUCAUCGAAUUAAAGAACGAGGCGAUGAGGGAGAGACACUGGAAGCAAUUAAUGGAGAAAACUGGACGAUAUUUCGAUAUGGACCCAGACAGGUGCGGUGGUGGUGAAAAAUAA